GAUAUCUUUGAUAUCGUCCUUGGGCAGGAGUUCUUCCAGCGAUGCCAUAUGGUGAUCGACCCCUACCUCCAACAACUCGUGGUUAUGGAGCAAGAGGGAUCAUGUAUGGUGCCCCUAGUCAAGGUGCCGAAGACAGAAGGACCAACCCAACUUUCGGCCAUGCAGCUUGAGAAGGGCCUAGAGGUGGGAGUACCGACGUUCAUAGACACCAUUGCGAGUUUGAGUGAAGACAAUGGUGCUAGAGAGGCAUUGCCACCUUACAUGAAGAAGGGCGUGAUGCCGAAGAAGUUGCCAAGACAGUUGCCUCUAAAGUGCCAAAAAGAACGGAGGCCAGUAUUGACUGAACCAAGCAGGAAUAGGGACAACAGUCCGCUGCCAUUUUCUUCGUCCACUAGAAGGGACAAUCUCUGGAAGAGGCCAUAUAAGAAUGGCAUGAAGACUUGUGGCAGUUUCAAGACUAAGUCCGGAGACUUUUGUAGCAGCAGUGCGCCGAGGUCGUCGCCAUAUCAGGUGGGGGAGAGUGUCAUGACCCGCCACUUGAUCAUGAAGACGGGGGAAAGAUCUAGAGUCUUGGAGAGGUUAAUAGAAGGCUCUAGAAUGUCCAAGAGAAUUCUAGAAGAAGGUAGAAGAACCUAGAGUCUUGGAGAGGUUAGUGGAAGACUCUAGAUUCUUGUAGAAGCUUGUAGAGAAGUCUUGAAAGACUUGGAAUUCUCUAGAGUGUAAAGAGAGUUCUAGAGUAGGGACUUCUUUGUAAAUAUGGGAGGACUUGUAUAGUAAUUUUUAUUUACACUUAAGCCCCUUAGGAGUAGUAUAAAUAGAAGGAGCCAUUCAUUUGUAAACCAUCCAGAAAUCAAGCAAUCAAGCAUUCUUCCAAAGCAAUACAAAACCCUUCUUCGUAAAAGCUCUCUUGUCUUUCUUGCAAUCUAGCAUUCCCUUAGCGAUCUAGUCUUAAAGGCUUACUUGAGCUUACAAGAUCGUGAAAGAUUCGUGAGUAAGUUGUCAAGUGCCGCACGGAAGUCUUAGUGGAAGUCUAAGUCCGUGACACUUAUCUAUGUUACAUUCUGGGAGUAAAUUCGCUCCAUCAUCUCAAUGGUUCCCUGAGGUCUAAAAUUAAGCUUACCAAGCAAUGUCUGGGCGUAAGAGUCGUUGGGGCUAUUCCCUUGCCUUUGUCUGCUGGCUAUUGGCAAGU